AUUGCAUUACGGUAUUGAUGUAGCUCUAGUAACACUAACACUCGUUGUUAAACUAUAUCUAUGAAUGUGUAAGAAAUAUAUAAUAUUAGAAACACUGUGUCAGUUUAAUAAGAAUGUUUUUGGACAUACUUAACUGAGUUUGAUAAUAUCAUCGGAUAAAAUGUUCGUGAUAUUCUUUAUUUUGUUGAGAAGUUACUAAACAAUGAUGUUGUGAUCGACGGGAAAACAAUUAAUUGCGAUGUCUAAACUUGAAUGGGAUUGAUUAAAAGAUCAAAAUACCAAUACUGGAAAAGCUGAUGACUAUCACCAUUCCAGGAACUUUCACCAGAUAAACAAAUACAAGAAAACGAUGAUAAAGAGACGUUUGCUAAGUUUUAUAAGAUCAUUUACCCUACCAUUGCAUGUCACAAAGAAUGCAAGCAAGUUCAACAUUCAGAGAUUUUGGGCGCUCGGAGUUACAACGAUGUCUGCACUUCUUUUCUUGUUCAUAUUGUUUUUAAACAAAGAUACAGAUAAACACGAGACUAUAAUUGUGAGACAGAUAUUCGUCAGAAAAGAUGAACUACGGUUUCUAAGAAACCAGGAAAAGUGCUCGAAUGAAACGUUUUUGAUGAUUUAUAUCCAUUCAAAACCUGCAAAUACCGAAAGAAGGCGCAUGAUACGAAAUACAUGGGGAUCUCGUGCUAUUUUGAAAAAGCACAAAGCGAGAUUAAUCUUUUUCACCGGUGAAGUUGUGGAUCGCAAUUUACAAGUUAUUCUUGACUUUGAAAAUGAGUUACAUAAAGAUAUUAUUCAAGUAAACUUCACUGAUUCUUAUAGAAAUUUGACAUAUAAAGCAAUUUCUGGAUUGAAAUGGGUGGCUGAAAAUUGUCAAAAUGCUACAUUUGUUCUUAAGACAGACGAUGACAUUAUAAUUGACAUAUACACAGUAAUAACGUUAAUGACAAAUAAUGAUAACAGAUUGCAAAAGAAGAAUCUUCUUGCUUGUUAUGUUUCGAAACACAAUUAUGUUGAUAGAAAUAAGAACAGCAAGUGGUACACGUCUUACGAGGAGUACCCAGAUCCCUGCUACUUCAAUUAUUGUUCUGGAUCAGCUUUUAUCAUGAGUUAUGACGUGGUGUAUAAAUUUUAUUUGAAAUCUCAUGAAACUCCUUUCUUUUGGGUUGAUGAUUAUUACGUCACAGGCAUGUUGGCUCGCGUUACCAACGUCACCCAUGUUCCACUCAAUGACAGAUACUGUGUUUCAAAAACUGCAGAUCUGCGAAAAGAGCUUGCAAGCAAUGCGAAUAUAACAUUUAUUCAGUCUCCUAAUACAAAUACAUCUUUGUAUGUUUGGAAAACAUAUCUUGAAAGGAGCAAGUACUUAAAAAGCGCACAUCAUAGCAUUGGGUAAACAUAUGCCCACUUUCAUUUUAUGUAAAUUUGAGUUUUAUAAAAGUGUGAUAGGCCAUUGGUGGAUAUUGAACAUUUACUACUAAUUAGAAAUUCCAGAAUCUGAAUGUGUUCGUUGCAGGAACUUUAGGCAUCAGAAUCGAAUCCAACCUUCAGUUUUUAUGUGUUUAUUUUCAGUAUUGUUUGGACGUAAUAUAUUGUCUAAAAGCUUUCCCAUUUGAUAAAUCAGUAGUAAUUCUCGCAUGUACUGCUGUGUUUUUUUUUUUUUUUUGUUUUUUUUUGUGUGUGUGUUUUUUCUUUUACUUUUUUUUUUCGGAGAGCGUUUUUUGUUUUAUGACUUUUUUUCGAACAGCGUUUUAACAGGAGAUUACACAUGAACAAGCAAAUAAAUUCUAGUGUUCACACAGUGUUAAAUCAUAUGCGUGAGUUUUGUGUCCGAAAAUAAAAGUACAAUUCUACAUUUUGUUCAGAAGGUGUUGUAACAGGAGAGAAAACGUGUGAUAAUAGAGAGAUUCGUUCGCGUGCUGUUAAAACCUCUUUUUAUAUAAGCGCCUUACUCAAGUUAAUACUCACAAUACCCCUUUGUUGAAUAAUCCUAAAGGAAAUAUCGUCUACAUUAUCAAACAAUUCUGUUAUUCCUAGGCAUUUCAUGAAUAUUCAAGUAAUGACGUUGAUGGGCGAUAAAUCAGUUUUAAGUUUUUUAGCACAGUGAAAGUCUGUUUUAUCAUGCAGUUUUUGUGGCACGUCUACUUUAAUUAAAACUUUAAUUUUAUGUAAAAUAGAGGUUAUUGGACAUUUAAGCAUUCCAAAAUGCUUCAGUACAAAAUCACAGCAGUGCUACUGCACAAUGUUUAUUUUUUUUUUAAUUCUGACUGACUUUAAUAUAUAUUUUGUAUAAAAUUGUUUGUUUGUUUUGUUUUAGCUGCAGGUUCCAACAGUAUUUCAUUUACGUAAACGUAGAUAUGUAAGAGUAAACAUCUGUAUCAUUAUAUACACAAGUCAUACUGUUUGACAAACUAUUUUACAAUUUUAAUACAAUAGGCGAUAGCUCUUUCAAGAAAAAUGGUCUCAAUCUUCAAAUAAUUUUAAUAAAGUCCCAAUAAUUAACCAUCAGCCUAAUGCUAAAUGUGCAAAAAUAUUAAAUUUUUAUCUGCAGACGUUUUAAACGGAUAAUUUCUAUUGUUUAACAUAUGAAUAUAGCGUUAUAUUUGCUGAUUUUCUGUGCUCAGUGCAACACGAUUUGCCGCUCCCUUUGUACAAAAAAAAAUACUUAAUGCCUAGCUUACCGUCCAAGAACAGGCUCAAUCAAUUUUAUGUCGUGUUUGGCGACUUGUAGAUUUCCACUUUUUUGUUUGACCUAGUAAUUUAACUGCUUUCCAGCGGUCAGCGUUUGAACAUAUUUAUACGUUGAUGGAUUUUAUGACGUUUAUAGUCUAUCGACUUGUCAAAUGCGUUUGUCUUGAUGUUUUACACUUUUUUUGGAGUAUUGAGGCACAUUUCGUUGUAGACCAGCUUAUUGGUGUGAAUUAUUCAUUUGAUUAGAGUCCAGUUCCGAUGUCAUGGCUGAACUUACUAUUGCUAAUGUUUCCGUUCUAAAUAAAAAGAUAACCGAUGUUUAACCAGGCAAAGCCUUGGAGAAUACUUGUUUUCAAUGUUUUAACAAAAAGUUGCAAAACUUCACUUUUUAUGCUUUGAACAUUGUCGGUGAUGUUAGAAAUCAACUUACUUUCGCUUAAAGGCAUCAUCCCCUUAUUUGUAUUCAUUUUUUAGACAUACAAAUGAUACUUCCCGAGAAGUCUCACUUAAUAAAACAAAAAAAUAAAAAUCCUACCUACCUUCCCUAAUGUUUGGAGCAUGUUACCAGAAACAAAGUAUUAUUUUUUUUGCCUAAGCAAUCUUCAAAAGCAGAUUGCUGCUGUAGGCUUGCAGGACUCUUAGUUGUUUCCAAGGUGACCCCACAGAGGCUGACUGCGGGCACUACAAUAUAUUUUAUCCAAAGAUUUGAUACACUCUUAUUAACCUGUUAUGAAAGAAAUAAAACAAGUAAUUGCCACGGAACUGUCUUUUCAUUUCGAGUUCCUCAAUCACAUAUGUUCUGAAAGAAAAGAUAAACAAUCGGGUGAACGCUGGUUUCUGUUAACCCUUAAUCCAAGUUUUAUGUAAAUACUGAUCAUGCUGAUUCAGUUUUAUUUUAAGAAAUAAUAAAGGCCUUUAAAUGUUUUAUCGUCUGAUUUAGCAACGUUUAAAGUUCAGCUGAAUAGGAAUUGGACCAUGAGAGCAUUAGCCCGAGUGGUUAUAUACUGAAGCAUCUGAACGAUGAACUGUGGUAAAUUAAACUAUAAAUCACAACAAUGCCUGGAUCGUUUUCAUUCUGAAAUGUUCAUUGAAAUUUUUGAAUAGAUAGUAUGCUUACCCAAGGAAUAAUUUACUGGACGUAUUCGGCAAUUUGACGUGUUGAUGCUCUCACAAAAUAAACAGGGCUUGAUUUCCUGCUUUGAUUAACUGGAAAUAAAAUCGAGUCUUGUGAAUUGUUAUUUUAUUUUCAACAAAAUUUAUGAACAGAUGUAAAUAGCCCUAAAUCUCUUAAAUAUGGGGGUCUGCAACUUGAAAGGCAUAUAGAGCAAAUCUCGCCAACAUCACAUAGGAACAGAAUGAUAUCUUGUUUCGCCCGUUUAUGAAACAGACAGCAGAAGGAUAAAAUAUUCGUUAAAAACUUCCUACCACAUCGUUUGUUAAUAAUGAUAAUGGUGUGUGUUAAUGUUAUUAGUAUUUUCUACACGGGUAAGGAAUGAAUCUAUGAUUGGAAGUCUGAGAAAUUGAUCAUCUGUUCCAACAGUUGUUCAUUUAAAAUUUGACCCGAAUCGGUAUAUAAAUUAAAUUUCCCGGCCGUAUCGCCAUUGUAAUACUUUAAUAAGCGUCUGUUGAUUUGAUCACUAGUGAUCAAGUCGGCAAACCCAUUCUGUGUAUUUUAUCUGAGAAUCAGUUCUGAUGUAUAAUUUUUUGGACUACCAGACUGCUUGCCACUGCCAUUAAAAUUUAAAGUAAUAAAUCUGCAGUACUUUUACUACAGAGAUUUUUCUUCUUCCAAUAUCAUAGUGACACCUAUAGCCUUAUUGUGUAUCCUCUUGCAAUUUUUAAACUGCAAGUAGAGCUUAAUAAACAUUUUGUGAUUUCCUGGUCAAAUUUGAUAAAAUACCCUAAACUAAAAUAUUUUGAUAAUUCACUGCUUUCACCUCAAUCAAAAGCUAUAAAUGUUUUAGAAGUAAUUUUACUGUCUAUCUCAAUAGUGCUAAUGUACAACAAGGGGAUGGGGUAAAUGGCACAAUAUUUGUGUCAUUAAUAUCCAAUAUUUGUACAAAAAUAUCACUAUGUCCGUUACAUGCAAACUCGGGACACAUUCGACGCAUACUUUUGUAAGGAAUAAUUUAUGUUACUUUUAGAAAAUUACGCCUAUUCGUAGAAGUUAUAGAGUGAUAAUCGUUCUCUUACUUUGGUUUAUAUAGGUGUAGGAAGUGGUAAUAGUGUACAUAUAAGGUCGGGAAGGUAUGUUACCCUAUGAAAUACUACCCAAAAGGUUUAUGCAGGAUAAUACUCGCCUGCCUACCAAAACAGUACAUCGGAAAAGUAAACAUUCCUUUCAUUUUUAUAGAGAAAAUUAUGCACAUUUUGUCAUAAAACACCAAAAGACCUUAUCAAAACGUUUUACAACUGUUUUACUAAAAGCGUCCAUGAAGAAAUUUGAUAUAAUUUGACAAAGGUCAUACAAAUCCAUCCGUCCUGAGCCAUAUCUACACAUACAUGUUCACCACUGUAGGGAAUUGGGGCUCGUCAAGUUUCAGUCAGACUGCCCAAGUAACACCAGAAUUAUAGCCCUGAGUAUGUUCUAAUGUUAACUUUAUAGGAUACUAUAAAUAUGUCAACUUCUGCUUCAUAACCUGUUUUAGAAAUUUCUGAGUUAUUGCCCUUUAGCUGUUUAUAAAAUCCACAUAUUUGUACAUAAUAAACUAACCAAUUGGUAGAAUUUCAUUAAACUUCUUUCAUUUUUCUCCAUAAACAUUUAUUAUCAACAUGUGAAGUUGUGUUCCCACACCCGGUCACCCCACCACCCUGGUCACACCUCGUUCCCCUUCCCACUCCACUCCUUUUUUAACCUUAAACGUUGAAUAUUUAUCAACAUGCACAAUUGUACCCUCUACCCACCUCUUUCCUCCGCCCAGUCACUCCACCACCCCGAUCAUGCAUCCCCACCCAAUUUUUUUUUCCAUCAGUAUUUGUUAUCAAUAUAUGAAGUUUUUACCCUCACGGCAUCCCCCUCCCUCCACCUCAACAUAAAACAAAUUUAAACAUUCUUAUCAACAUAAGAAGUUGUUUAAAAAGCUAAGCCUAUUACAAUUCAAAUAAUUUCAUUAGCCAGUAUUAACUUAAUACAUUUAUUAUGUACACAUAAAACAUUCGUUUUUUUCGGUUAAAUUGAUCCUGACUAAAGAAAUUAUUUGCCGGAUAUAUUUCUUUGCCAUUCCUCAACGCAAACCCAUUUUGCGAGGGAUACCAAUUUGCUUGUUAAAAUCUGUGUUGCUUAAGGUAUUAGAUCACUAAUAGAGAACCUCCUUUUUGAAGAGUAUUCAAUUCUUACCAUAAACCUAUUUUUACUGCAAUUCAUAGGCGGGUGUAGGUUCAAGCCCUACUGGGACCAAACUUUUUUUCCUUAUUUUCCUUUUUUUUCUAGUAUGUUUUUACUUCUUUCAAGACUUAUUAUCGAUUUCUUGUACAAAAAUGAAAAAAAAGAUGAAUUUUAUAAGCGAUUUCUUGGUGUUCAAAGUGAAUUUACUACUUAAACAGAAGGGGUAGAGUUACACAUCUUUAAAAAUAUUGAGUUAAACGCGGUGAAAGUUCUCUAUUUUGCUUUCACACUUAGAUUAUAUAUUGUGGAAGAAAUUUAGGUAGGUUUUACGUCUGCCCUAAGGUUAUUUUUAAAUGGAGUAAGCAAAAUACAAAACAGAAACACAGCAUUCGACCUUAUUUUUUCAAUGUUGAAGUAUGAAUUCUGACUCAUUAAAUCCGUUUACUUGAGGCACCAUAGAAAAAAUGAUAUUGACAUUUUUUAUUUUGUGUUUUAUAAUUGUUUACCAAUAGUUUGAUGUUUCUUUUAUUAAAAUUAAUGGUAAAAUGAGUUCUCUGCAAACGUUUUGGGUAGUGGCUAUCACUUUGAAAUUUGUCUCUACUUGAGCUUGAGGAGAUACCAUAAGUUAUACAAAAUUUAUAAAAAACGGCACGGUAAAAGUUGUUUAAAAAUUGCAAAAUAGUGCAAAACACAGUUACCUUUCAGAAUAUACCAAGCAAAGGCCAUUUUGUAAACAUUACUAUAAGUGACCUAAUACCUUAAUAUUCAAAUGUUCAAAUUUAUUCAACUGAAAAUAAUGGUUUGAGUGGAAUAUGCAGGAAAAUGGUGAAUUGUAUAAAUUAUGUCUGCCUCAGUGGCAGAGCGGUUAUCUUUUAUUUUCAUACUUUGACUUACAGUCAAACCUGUUUACAAAGACCACCAUUGGGAGAGCCAGAAUGUGUUUUUUAUAGGGAGCUGGUCUUUAUUCGCAGGUUAAACUACACUGUAAAUGUUAAUAUUGGAAACAAAACAUGUGUCUUUAGAGCCAGGUGGUCUCUGUUUAGAGGUGGUCUUUAACAAAGGUUUGUCUGUAUGUUGAUUUCGCAUACACAUUUUUUUCCUUUUAUCUUUUACGGCUUUAUGCGGAAAUUAGAUUUUUUUCUAAUUUUAAAUAUGCAUAAAUGUAAGAUGCAUUUAAUAACAAGAAAUAUUAAUAAAAUAUGCACGCUGUU